AUGGCGGCGCUAUUCAACUUCAAGAGCCUCCUGCUCGUCAUCCUCCUGCUGAUAUGCACCUGCGCCUACGUGCACCAGAUCUUCCCCGCCAUUCUCGACCGCAACAAGACAGGCUUAACAGGCAUAUUCUGGAAGUGCGCAAGGAUAGGGGAACGGUUAAGUCCCUACAUAAGCCUAUGUUGUGGGUUCAUGGCGAUUUCGAUAUUCCUUGGGAUGUGA